AAUCAUCUCUAACCAAAGAAAAGUACUUGUCUUCUGUAAGCCAAAGAAAAGGCUCCGCAUUUGUGGUCAAAUAUUCUAAAUUUUCUGUCACUCCGUAAAGGGUGAAAUAUAAACUCAAGAGUCAAGGCGAGCUCCCAGAAAAUAUUGAGAAAUGGGUGCCACCAACAGCAAGCCGCAGACUGUGCAGAUGUCCAAUCCGAUGCCAUUCGAGAUUACUCGGGAUGUGGUGCACAGGAUCGACCAGGCCACCACCAGAACUCCCAAACUGGGGACUACCAUCUGCGAGAAAUGUAGUCAGAGGCCCGCAGCAGAAGCUGCUUCCGAUCCUCCCACUACCGUGGAACACAAGACGAACGAAGUGCAGGAUAUGCAUCCACUGAAAGUAGCCAAGUCCUGGAAAAGGCGCUCCUUUGAGGUCGAGGAGACUGAGUUUAAGAAAUCCGUGCAGCGAGUUCAAGGUCUCUUUGGAAAGCCCGUAAAGUGGGCCAAGGACUGUCAAGGCGAGAUCGGAAAGUUUGAGGAGGAACUGAUACACUGCUAUCAACGGUACCCCAACGAACCUCUGCAGUGCUCAAAUUUGGCCAGACAGUAUCAUCGCUUCGUGUUCGCCCGGCAGGUCGAUGAGAUUUCCAAAAUGAGGGGACUCCGUGCCCCAGCUGACCCCAAGUCACCGUCGAAUGUUGGGAAAGCAGGCAAGAACAACCAACCCACCUAAAGAUACGGCGCCAGCUUCCAGACCGAACCCACUCUGAUUCUUAAGUCACUAAGUUCGACUAGCUUCCAUUACCCUCCAUUGGCACCAGAAACAGAAGGCUAGUGUUGCCAAUUAAAUCCAACUGACGGCUUUUUAAAUAAAAUGAAAUUGUAUUUAGCAAGCACAAUUCUGCUGAAUCUA